AUGGCAGAAGGCAAUGCGGUGAGAUCGGAAUCAGACCUAACCGGAGAGAAAACACCGUCUGCACCCCGCACCGCACCCUACCCUUCUCCCCGUCGAGCAAUGGAAAGGGAUAGGGAAGGAGAAGAAGGCGCGUUUCUCGUGACAGCCUGGCACAUUGGCAGGAUCACCUGCGGGGAGGCUCACGUGAUGAUCACAAAGUUGUGCAGUGAUAAGCUGACGUGGCUGGAGUUUGGGACUAAAGUGUUGCAUUUCUGA